CUCUGUUUGCCUCCUUUGUGGGGAAGAACAACUAUAGCUUUGGGGACAGUAUAGCUUUAAGGGAACUUCUGGCAGACGCAGCUAAGCUAACAUCUGGACAGUGUUCACAGUCUAGGACCGGGAGCUGCUGCUCUUAGGAAUGUUAAAAGUAAAGUAAAAGUUUCCUCUGAAGAAGGAGGCAAGAAAAGAAAGACCUCAGGCUCGAGCUUCCACUGAAGCCUCUCCUGGCACUUUGAAGUUUGUCACUAUUGGGCCUGAAAGUCCCCUGUGUCCCACCCUCUGGGCCACAGCCCAAUAACUCCUGCCUCUCAAAGGUCCACACCAAGGAUGCCCCUGCAGCUGGCCCGGACGGGAGCCUCCUUCCUACUGAUAUUCCUGAGCCAAGUCGUGACCCCCACAUGGUAUGGAGGCUCAGGUUACUAUCCUGAUGAAAGCUACAAUGAAGUGUCGGUUGAAAUGCCCCCCCAGGUCCCUGCUCUGGACUACCGAGUGCCCCGGUGGUGCUAUACGUUGAACAUCCAAGAUGGAGAAGCCACGUGCUACUCCCCAAGGGGGGGUAACUAUCACAGCAGCUUGGGCACCCGAUGUGAGCUGUCCUGUGACCGGGGCUAUCGCCUGAUCGGCCAGAGGUCUGUGCACUGCCUGCCAAGCCGGCGCUGGUCUGGAACGGCCUACUGCAGACAGGUGAGAUGUCCUGUGCUGCCCUUGAUCACCAGUGGUACCUACAGCUGCACAAAUGGCAUCCUGCUGGAUUCCCGCUGUGACUACAGCUGUGCCAGUGGCUAUCACUUGGAAGGUGACCGCAGCCGAAUCUGCAUGGAGGAUGGACGGUGGAGUGGAGGCGAGCCUGUCUGUGUAGACAUAGAUCCUCCCAAGAUCCGCUGUCCCCACUCCCGUGAGAAGAUGGCUGAACCAGAGAAGCUGACUGCCAGGGUGCACUGGGACCCACCUGUGGUGAAAGACUCCGCAGAUGGCACCAUCACCAGGGUGACUCUACGGGGACCUGAGCCAGGCUCUCGGUUUCCUGAAGGAGAACAUGUAAUUCGGUACACUGCCUAUGACCGGGCCUACAAUCGGGCUAGCUGCAAGUUCAUUGUCAAGGUGCAAGUGAGACGCUGCCCUACUUUGAAGCCACCUCAGCAUGGCUACCUCACCUGUACCUCGGCAGGGGAUAACUAUGGGGCCAUAUGUGAAUAUCAAUGUGAUGGGGGCUACGAGCGCCAGGGGACCUCCUCCCGAGUCUGCCAGUCUAGCCGACAGUGGUCAGGAUCCCAGCCCAUCUGUACCCCCAUGAAGAUUAAUGUCAAUGUCAACUCAGCUGCAGCCCUCCUGGAUCAGUUCUAUGAGAAACGGCGCCUUCUCAUUGUCUCCUCUCCUGACCCGUCCAAUCGCUACUACAAAAUGCAGAUCUCCAUGUUACAGCAAUCCACCUGUGGGCUGGAUCUUCGCCAUGUGACCAUCAUCGAGCUGGUGGGGCAGCCUCCUCAGGAGGUGGGACGAAUCCGGGAGCAGCAGCUGUCAGCCAGCAUCAUAGAGGAGCUCAGGCAAUUUCAGCACCUCACCAGGUCCUACUUCAACAUGGUGCUAAUUGACAAGCUGGGUGUGGACCGGGAGCGUUACAUGGAACCAGUUACCCCAGAGGAAAUCUUCACCUUUAUUGAUGACUACCUUCUGAGCAACCAGGAAUUGGACCAGCGAAGGAAGCAGCGAGAUGUAUGUGAAUGAACCUGAGCCAGGGCACAGGUUGUGAGUGAGGCACCCUGGCUGUAGAACUCUGGACCCCAGAAAAUAAAGAGAUAGGGAGUUUAUUCUA